AUGAAUUCCUUGCUGUUAUAUCUGUAUAUCUACGUUGUGGGUGGAUUGACUUUUAUUCCGCUUGUAUGCCUUGGAAUCAUCCUCAUCUUGAAGCACACUUUGCCAGUCGUUCCAGAUGACGUUACCGAAAGGGAAAGAUUAGAGGAAGAGAAAAGGGAAAAAGAUUCUGUUGCUCAAGGAAAUCCCGAAGGCUAUUUAAGUCUUAAGGGUGGCGAGAUUCAGGAUAGUACUGGGCUGGAUACGUUUAUGACGGGAUGGUUAACCGUUACCAGAGAGUUUUACCAGUUCCCUCAGAUAAAUCCCAAUGAGCAUGGUUCUAACACUGCUGCUGGAUCCACGAAUGAUCAUUCCGAAGGCGGUGAGAGGAACGGAACGUCAAUAUCCUCGUUUGUGAAGAUUGUCAAGGGUGAAGAGUUGCAGAACCAGCAACCGGUGCCGGUAGAUAACAAAAAGUUGAAGGCAAUUCGCAAGAAAUGUCGUUUCUUCGCAGUACUGAAGCAUGGGAACUUGUUUUUGUACAAAGAUGAAGACCAAAAGAACGUCCAACAGGUCAUUGUUCUUUCGCAUCAUGUCGUGUCGAUCUGGCCAUUGAAUCGCAGAGAUGGUCAACUUUUCACGAAGAGAAGUGCAGUGUGUCUUCUACGGUCCGAUAGUCCGAGCGAAAAGGAGAAUAUAUACAAAGCCUUGGCAUCCAAGGAGAUUGAUCAUUCCAUUUUGCGUGGAGCGUUUUAUCUAUAUGGCGAUUUGAAUGUGGAAAAAGAAGAUUGGUAUUUCGCACUGCUGCGAGCUACCACUAAAGCCACUUUGAAAACCAACAAGAUAGAAGUGGACUCGUUAGAGCCAAGUCUUUAUGCCAGGACUUUGCACUUCCACACGAGUGACAUGAACGAACUUAUCAAAACACUGAACUCCACCCCUGGACAACUGAGCACAAGAUGGCUCAAUGCUCUUAUCGGAAGACUCUUCCUUGCUUUCCAAGGCACAGACAAGUUCCAGAAGAUCAUUAUCGACAAAGUGAUCACCAAGCUGCAAAAGAUCAAUAAGCCUGGGUUCUUGGAUGACUUUCAAAUCACAAGAUUGAGCGUCGGGCAUGGAGGUCCCUUUAUCACGUUUCCGACUUUGGACACGCUUUCGCCAGAUGGCGAUCUUGUUGUCAAAUUCAACAUGUUGUAUCAAGGAGGCCUGACUCUCGAAAUUGCUACCAAGGCUUAUUUGAAUCUGACUAGUAGAUUCAAACCGAGAGAGGUUGCACUUAACUUGAAGAUUCAAUUGAGGAAGAUGGAGGGAGUAAUGGUGUUGAAGAUGAAGAAACCUCCUUCCAACAGAAUUUGGUAUGCAUUUGAGAAGAUGCCUUCUAUGGAUUUGGUCAUUGAGCCUGUGGUGAGUUCCAGAUCGCUUAACUACAACCUUGUGACGAACAUCAUUGAAAACAAGUUUAGAGAGGCCAUUCGUGAGAGUUUAGUUAUGCCCUUCAUGGACGACUUUGUGUUAUAUGAUACCCUAGGGGAAAUCUUUAGAGGAGGGAUUUGGGACUUAGCAUCGAGACCCCAGUUUGAGGGGACAAAAACCCAAACAGAGGAAACUCCCAAUGCUGAGACAGAAGACAGCACCAAUGCAGCGCCUCCUCCCCUUCCCCUUCGUGACCUCGAAGAGAGUCUUGAGCCUGAAUCUGAUUUGAGAGAGAGUCUUCCUAGUGCCAGUCCAUUGGAUGAUCUUGCGAUUUCCACGGGUGCGAGACAAACAACAGAUGACAACAUGUCUAUAUCGUCCAGGACAAGACCUUCCUCGGCAAUCUUGAAGAAUUUUGGGGAGAGAGCCUCAUCUGUAUUCAGCAAGAAGAGCGACGACGAUGCGAUUCCAUCCCCAGGCGUGGAGACCGAUUACACUGAUUUUGGUGAAGUCAACAUCCCUGCUGAUAAUGAGGAUGGUUCAGUUGAUUCCGGGUCAACGUCGGCCAGCAGAACAGCUACCCGUUACUCUCAAAACAUGAGCGCGUCCGUUCAAAAGCUACGGGGAUGGUACACUAAGGAGAAAAAGUCUUUCCAGAGUUUCCGCGAUUCAAAGGGUCAACCAAGUAGCGGUUCUUCCGAACAUUACGAUGAGGAAAAACCUGCUUACACUGCACCGGAAAUGAUCCAGUCACGCAGGCAAGUAAAGCCCAAACUUUCUGACAAAGACUUGGCUUCAAAGAAUACUGAUCGACUGGAUGAUACUGAACAUGCUCAGUAUAGUCAUUAUCAGUCAAACACUCACAAUGCUUCGUUGGGUGAUGGCAACUUCAGACCGGCAUAUGAAAAAGCACCUGAUAUGGUGAUAGCUUCCCCCAACUCGCAAAAUUCUUCCCCAUCUCAGCCGCGGAACGGCGUUUCCAUGUUUACGAGGAAAGAUGAUAGUGCAUUCAUACCAUCGCCUUCGAGUCCAUCUUCUGUUUCCGCUUUCCACCGGCCGGCUCCUCCACCACUUCCAUCAAGGUUGCCAGCUGUCGAGAUACCUAUUGAGAAAACUUCAGAGAAAACUGCAGAGAAUCCCGUUGAAAAAGCUGAGGAGACCACUUCAGAUUCAGAACCAGUGCAGACUGCUGUGACUGCAGAAGCCAAAAAAAUAGAGCCAAUUUCCGCAAAAGUCCCUCCUCCUUUACCUUCAAGAGAGUUACCGGUCGCUACAUCACCACCUCCCGACACGAGCAACCUGGAAAGAGCAAAAAGCGGUAGGAUAAGACGGCAACAUACUGACCGCAGCGAGGCUACAGAGAGCGAGUUUCUAAAUGAUUUUGGAUCUACGUCUCUGGAAUAG